ACAUGGCAGCAUGUCAAACAUUGAAUACUAAACAUGCAGUAGAGCUGGAGCUACAAACUUUGCAUCUUUUCAUAAACAUAAUUUCAGAAAAAAGGGGGAUUUUUGAAGCAUUAUUUAGUAACACGCAGUAUUGAGUUUAAAAAAAAAAAUUCUGUGAAAGUGUUGCAUACAGUAAUAGUUAUUUCGUAAUAAAAUCUUUAUUUAUUUCAUAUUUGUUUUUAAAAUGUAACUGGCUACUAAAAACCCGCCAGCAACAUACAAUGUCGAAGAUUUGUUUAUUUAUUUUGGUUGUCUUAUGUAGUGAUGUUUUAGCGCUCAUUGAAGAUGAUUAUUCGAAUAUUAAAACAUCUGGCAGCAAAAUGAAAGCUAAAAUUGGCGAUAUCGAGCGUGAAAAAAGAAAAGAAAUUGUUAAGAAUUAUUUGGAAACGUUACCUAAAACACAAAAUGAUUGGGUUGACCCUUACGAUAUGUCAUUACCAUCACAAGAGUCAAAAGACAUGGACAAUGAAUACAAGCCUGUAUUUAGUGAUAUAAGCGGUGAAGUUAUUGGCUUAAAUGCCAUGUCAAAAGAUAAUACUGAGAUUGUCAUUAAAGAUUCUGGCAAGCUUUUUCAUAAUCCUAAACAUCAAUUAUGCGUUCUUGAUAGCAUAUAUAUUUCUCGAUGGUUGAAAAUGUUGAUUUUAAAAAUUGAAACUGACUCUUUCUUUAAACCCAGUGCACUUGUCAUUCCCCUUAAUUCAGAUUCCCUAUCUGAACUUAAAACAAUAUCAACUAAAACUUUAAAUAUCGGAGAACUUGAUGAGCUUGUUUCUAAUUUGAUAUCUAAAACAACUGUGACUAGUAAAGAAACAUAUGACUGGGCAAAUUUUUCAUAUGAUUUUGGAUACGGAUUAUUAGUAUUAUUGGGUACUGGUUUAUUUGCUUAUUUGUUUUAUAUUCUUUUUAUCCUCAGACCUAUUUGGACUAUAUUUUGGUGUAUCAUUUUUAUUUGUAUAUUUUGGCAUUGGAUGCAUUUGUAUCAAAAGAAAGUUGCAUAUAAACAUGCUCAAUUAGCAUCAAUGACGAUCCCUUCUGAGUGUAGAAAAAAUGAUUUCAGUUUUCUUGAAUCCAUUCAAGAAUAUUUUAAAAGUUUUUUCAGAGUUAGCGAUUGCACAAAGUACUAUGAGGCACUUAUGGUGGAUCCAAUUUGGGAAGUUAGUUUUUCAGUUGCAUUCUCUGAAGCAUUGUCCGCAGCUCUCUUUCAGCCUAUGUAUUCCGGAUCAAAAGCAUUAAACGCUUCAGCAAAACAGUUGCUUGAUGGUUUAUCUCUUUCAAGCACUAUAAUACUUUUAGGGUUUUUAUUUUUAUUGAUUUUAAUGUUUUUUGGUUAUCGUAUAAAGUUACCAUUUUUUAUGGGUGCAAUAGAACCUGGUUAUACUCAGCGAAAUUAUGUUGAAGAUGUAAAACCUACUAGAACUAUUAGUGCAUUGGGUGGUUUCAUACAGAAAUCUAAGGAAAUUAUUGAUAGAGAAGAUCGUAAAACUUCGGGCUUGUUUAAAAAUAAAUCUUAUAAAGAUUGUAGUUGCGACUCCCCGAAUCGAAUCAAAUGUAAUGAAAAUGUUACUUCAAAAUAUGGCUCUGAAGAAGAUUGUCUCUGUGCUUCUCAGUUAACUUGUAAAGACUGUAAAAGAACACCAAUAGAAUAUCAUCCUGAUCAAGUGUCGAAAGUUGGAGAAGAACUAAAGAGUUGUACAUUUUGUAAAAAGCAUGUUGCAAAUGAUAAUUCUCCUUGUAGAAGAAACAAUUCGUGUUUUGGAAGUGACAAAUGUUAUAAUUUAUCUAAAAUUAGUGGCCCAACUGAGUUAGCUGAUGUUGAUCAGGACAAAAUUGUAGAAAACGCUUGUUCUGCCUGUGAAUCUAAUCAGUUGAAACCAAAUAUUUGCUGUGGAAUGUCUGAACAAAAUACAUGAAGUUUUAAUGGUACUUUUUUCUUCCCUUUGCUAAUAUUUGUAAAGUGUUUUAAUAUUUUUGCAUAUUUUAAUUUUAUUAUAUUUUCUUUGUAUAUCAACUUAAAAAAAAUAUUUUUGCCAAACAUUUUAAUUGUUUUAUAAUUGCUGAUUCAUGGUGCGUAGCAUUUUUAAAAAGAGCUUAAAUGUACCUAUUUGCGAUUUUUGUUCUCUAAAAACCCUUAAAGGCGCAUUUCUUAUAGGGAGUUUUUAAAAGAUGUUUAAUAAGAUUUCUUAAUAUAGAAUUAUCGAAAAUAAGAUUUCUUUCUUUACAAUGUUGAUUUUUACUACGUAUUAUGUAUAAGCGCGGUUUUCAUAUUGUUCUAUUAAAUGUCUUCACAAUUCAUUCAAACACUGCAUUUAGGCAUACUUGUCACUCUGUAGUGUAUGAAAGUGCCAAUCAUUGUACAUGUUUGAUGAAAUACUUCUGGGUCCGCAUGUGCGUCUACUGAGCUGGGUUUGGUGAGAUUCUUGCACUCUCAAGGGCAACUCUGCUGCAUUUUGCAACAUAUUCUCAAUUUCAGGCUUCAUUUUCCACCCACUGAAAAUCUCUCGAUCUUUUUUUAUGUUGGCUAAUAUAAUCAAGAAAAAAGUUCUUUAUCAGAAACUAGUUAUUUUGUCAUGAUCAUGUAAAGUCUUUGAAAAUUAUAUUGCAUUUUGUUAAUGUAUGUAAUGCUUUAAAAUAUUUUUAGUGCUUAAAAAGUGCUUAUUUUUUGUUGAAAGAUUCAGCUACGCACCCUGUGAUGAGAAUAUGUUUGUAUUUAUCAGUUUAUUUUUUAUGAACUGACUAAGUGCAAAAGCUUAUUUUAAUGAAGAUUUUAAUGUUAAUCAUUUAUAUAAAUACAGUACAGAACCCGUUAUCCGGAAAUCAGAAAACCGGAAAACCGGAAUGAAAUUCGAUAAAUUUUCCCGCCAUUUUUUUAAAGAAUAUUUUUUUUCCUCAUAAUAUUUUAGGAUUUUUCUUUCUUUUUUGAAAGAUGUUUACCUUACCAUCAUUUUGGAAAUAAUCAUUAGUGUAUUACUUCAUCGUUUUUUCUUCUUUUUAAGAUUAUUUCCAAAAUUUUUUUUUUUUAGUUGGGUUUAACAAUAAAAAAAACUGCUUUUUGCAGCGAUUCAGAAAACCGGAAAAAUCAGUUAUCCGGAAUAGCGAUGGUCCCGAUCGUUCCGGAUAAUCGGUACCUUACUGUAGUUAUGUAGUGGCUGAUAAAAAUUUUAUGUUUGCUUCAAUGAAGAAGCAUUUUCUGAAAUGAGUUUUCCUCUUUUUAAAAAAAAGCCAAUAUAUCUUGAUUGUUAAAAAGUUGAAAAACAUUUUCAUUGUCUUUUUUGGAAGUUAUUUUUUGUUCAUAAAAUUUUGUAUAUUUAAAAAUAUUCUUCAUGUAUUGCAUAGAGACUUGUUCCAUUCUUAUAUCUUCAUUAUCUCGUUUAAAAUAAAGUGAAUAACUGUUUAAAAAUA